AUGAUUGACGAGACCACUUUGCUGGACCGCCUCUCACUGGAGGACAAGGUUCAGCUUCUGUCAGCAGUGGAUUGGUGGCGGACUCCCACAAUCAAGAAAGACGAUGUAUUUAUUCCUCACAUCAAGGUAUCUUUGCAUCAACAUCUUCUGCUCACCUUGUCUCGUCCCGAUAUUAACCAAUGUCAGAUGUCAGAUGGGCCCAACGGGGCUCGAGGCGAAAGCUACGUGAUAUUCCCAUUUUUCAACAAAGUCCGCCCUACAGUGUUGCUUAUCGGGUUGUACAUAGGGGGACGAAACUAUGAGACUUAUUCCGAAGACCCGUAUGUCAUAGGAACUCUUGCCGCUGCUUUUGUCAAUGGAUGCCAAUCGCAGGGGAUCGCCGCGACCCCUAAGCACUUUGUUGCAAAUGACUCAGAGAAGCGCCGCACCAAAAUGACGUCCGAGAUUGAUGAGCAGACACUGCGGGAGAUAUACAUGCUCCCUUUCCAACUCGCAUUGCGCCAUUCAGACCCAUGGUGCUUGAUGACAUCAUACAACAAAGUCAAUGGAGAGUACUGUGCCGACAGCAACCGACUGAUCGAAGAUAUCCUCAGAAAGGAAUGGGGCUUUUCUGGCGUCGUCGUCUCUGACUGGCUUGGAGUAUACUCGACCGCCAAGGCUGUCAACUCCGGCCUCGACCUAGAGAUGCCGGGUCCCACAAGGUGGAGAGGCUCAAAGCUCCUCAAGGAGGUAGAGAACUCUACUGUGAACAUCGAAGCCGUCAAUUUGAGCGUCAAGAGAAUAUUGGCCUUGGCCAAGAAGACAGGCCGUUUCGAUAACCCGGAAGAAAAGCCGGAAAAAUCAGUUCUCGACGAUAAUCGCAUGGAGUUCAUUGCUAAUCUUGCCGCUGAAGGAGCCGUCCUCCUUAAAAAUGAGCAUGAGCUACUCCCACUUAAGCCAAAUACACGCGUGGCCGUGAUCGGCCAUCAUGCAACAAAUCCCAGCAUCGGCGGCGGCGGAAGUGCUAAGGUCCUCGCUCAGCAUAUCGUGUCUCCUCUCGAAGCUCUCGAGAAAUCCAAUCUUCAAUGCCGGUAUAGCCCAGGCGUUCCAGUACAUGCGACAGUACCCCAUGUUGAGCCCGGUGUCAUUUCCGCAAUCCUUGACACCUCCUCCCACCAGACAGACCUGAACACCCUCCCAAUCUUACUGGAGUGGUUCAAUAGCUCGGUUGUGGGCCACAACAAAGUCAAUGAGCAAAGAAUCGCUGUUGCCGAGUACAUGAUCAAGGAAGCAUGGCCAGAGUUCCUCGAUCGCCAAUACUGCACUCGCAUGUCGUUUGCACUGAGUCCGCGUAGUGAAGGAAAUCACACUUUCUCAGUCAUUACUACCGGGGUGACAAAGGUUUUUGUGAAUGGCGAGGAGGUUUUCCACCGAGAGCAAGAGUCUCCUCUUAUGCCCGAGUCGUUUUACUUCUACAAGGCUAAAAUUGAGCGGAAGUUUACUCUGCCCUUGUCCAAAAACUGCCCCGUCAAAGUUGAGAUUCAUUCGUGGGCAGCGGAUGCAGAAGUACUGAGUCGAGUUGAGGGAACAGUUUUCCAGGGAUCUUCGCUUCGCUUCAUGGAAUACAUCGACGUCCCGAAGGCUGUCCACAACGCUUCCAUCGUUGCCUCUGAAGUCGACGUAGCCAUUGUUUUUGUCGGAAACACAAACGAGAUUGAGUCAGAGGGAUACGAUCGGGAGACUAUGGACUUGACAAAAGACCAAUAUUCGCUGAUUUCUGCUGUGGCGGCUCAGAACCCCAAGACCAUCGUUGUCAACUUCUCAGGCUCUCCGGUAACGGUCAGUCCUUUCAUUGAUCAAGUUCCAGUGUUCCUGCAAUCCUGGUUCGCUGGCCAAGAAUGCGGGAACUCUGUUGCCAAAAUCCUGACUGGUGUCGUGAAUCCUUGUGGGAAACUCCCCAUGUCAUGGCCCCGCAAGAAUGAAGAUAACCCGGCUUUCAACAAUUUCCCUUGCGAUGACAACGACGUCCUUCUUUACGAAGAGAAACUCAAAGUAGGCUAUCGCUUUUACGAUGAACCAGACACACCUAGUCCCCAAUUUCCCUUUGGAUACGGCCUCUCAUACACGACCUUUGAGCUCUUCAGUUUCAACCUUGCAAGUGCUGAAUUUGGCGAGCCUAACCAGACUAAGGUUAGACUUGUUUACGAGGCGGGCAACACAGGCCCCAGAGCUGGGAAGACUGUUGUUCAAAUUUACGUCUCUUACAGUGCAGCUUCGGCUGGGGCGCAUCACCCUCGCCCCCCGAAGGAGUUGAAAUCCUUCAAAAAGAUCCACUUAGAAUCAGGAGAGCGACGACAGGUGGAUUUGGUCCUUGACAAGUACGCAUUUAGUUUCUUUGACUCACAAGAAGGUCAAUGGAAACUACAGGAAGGACAGUACACUGUUCAUGCGAGCUUUUCUUCUGCGGAAAAGCCGCUUUCAGUCAAGCUCAAUGUUCCAAAGUCACACUACUGGACAGGUGUUUAG